AUGGGAGAAAUUAAUAAUGAACUCAUGAAGAAUACUCGAGGAGAACAAUUUGAAAAGAUAUUUUCAAAUAUGAUUAAUGAAAGAUGUUUUGAUAUGAUUAAUAAUAAUUUUGGAUUGGGGAUUGAAUUGCAUAUUAAUUUUGCAAGAUUAUGUUUAGGUUUUUUGGCAAUUAUGAAAAAUGUUACCAUUUCUUCACUGAUGGAGUAUUACUUGAACGAGAUGAUUUGUAGAUUUGAUUGGGCGGCUGAUAGUGAAAUAAUCAAUGAAUUCAGUAUGGAAAUUCUUGAAUCUAAAAUAGUUGCACCACAAAAGAAAGCUAUCAUUUUACUUAGUAGUGAAUCAGUGCUUGUUGACAAGUUCUCAAAUUGUUUGAAUUAUUUACUGAAAAAUCCAUUCAAAUCUCCAGAGCUACAUGAUGAUUCAAAACUAAUAUUGGAGGCUCUUAAAAUUAGGCCAUCUCUAUCUAUGAUAUUUGAAGGAUUUCUCGAAUUAAUCUACAAGAAAACACAACAUCCUAGAGUAUUCUUUAUUGGAAAUUCAAUUUUAAAAAACCAAAGAAAAAUCCCUCUAAUUUCCAUCCCAAAGAAUGAAAUGAAAGAGAAAAUUGAUAUUCUCAAUCGUACAAUUCAUAACAAGUGGAUUACACACCAGUACAAAUGCUUCCACAUGUUUGUAACGAGCACUGCCAAUAUGAUGUCAAAUAUCUCUUCAAGGAGAGGAGAUGUUGGAUCUCUACAAUAUGAUGAAUUCUUCUCCGUUUGCCUAAACUAUGUCACCCACUUUAUAUUUGGGUCGGACCCAACUAAGGAUUUGAAUUUUUGUAAGGAUUCCCUUUUAGUAUUUCUUCAAGAUUUAAUGGAAUGUAAAGAAUUUACUGAGGAUCAAUUUAAAUUCUAUCUGAAUGGAGAAGAGGAAAAGCUGCAGAGCUUUCCUUUUAAUUUUAUUGUUCACAUUUAUUUGUGUGCUGUCUUUACUAGAAAUGACUCUAAACACUUUUCUUACAAUAAUGUUAUGGAUUUAGCCUUCUCAAUAAUGCAACCCACCCUUGAAAAUGAUCAAUACAUUGAAAUGAUCUUGAUAUUUAUUCAGUGGUUGGAACAAAUAAUUGAAAUUUCUGGACAUGACACUUUUUCACUGAGACAAUUAAUUGUCAUUCUGACCUACCUCAGAGUAAUGUCUCAUAUGAACGAUAAGGUUAAUCAAACUGAUGACUUUGAGUUGAAGGGACACUUUUCAAUGCUCUUAUCAAGAUUUAAAUUCAAAUACUUUGAUAACAUACAGCAAUCAAAUAUGUUAUCCAAUGAAAAUUUCAUGUACUCACAAAACCCAACUAAUAAUGAGGCCAAACAAUCUCUUAUCAACCUCAUUGCAUCAACCUUUGAGAAUCUUUACAAUGCCUAA